AUGUCUGAAAGUAGAUUGACAAAGAAUCAACUCUUAGUAAAAAUUGAUCAAUUAACAGCAUCUUUUGAAGAACAGAAAGAAAACUAUACUAAUGAAGUUUGUCUUUUAAAAGAAAACUAUGCUAAAGAAAAACAUGAAAAAGAAAUUGAACGAAAUGAUAAUAUGUACAAAAAACAUGAGUAUGAAUAUGAACUUAUGCAGCAAACUAUUAAUUAUUUAGAACAAACUAUUAGUGAUUUACAAUCUCGAAUUAAUGAUAAUAUUUCUACUCCAGAAUUAUAUUAA